AUGGAUUCUAGAGAUAGUGAUGAUAUGAAGGUUGAACCAUCUAGUCCAAUACGAAAUACAAAUCCAUUUAGUCGAUCUAGUAGUGGGAGUUCCCUACAUGCUGGAAAUCAUAGUAGUAGUAGUGGUCAUGAAGAUGACGACAGUGAAGAAAAAGGUUCACCAAAUAAUUACAAAGAAAGGCGACGAGAAGCUCAUACCCAAGCUGAACAAAAACGUCGUGAUGCCAUAAAAAAAGGCUAUGAUUGCUUACAAGAUUUAGUUCCAACUUGUCAGCAAACCGAUAGCAGUGGUUAUAAACUAAGCAAAGCCACAGUAUUACAAAAAUCCAUAGAUUACAUACAAUAUUUAUUGUUGCAAAAGAAAAAAUUAGAAGAAGAACGAAAUGCUUUACGGAAAGAAGUUGUUGCAUUACGAAUUAUGCAAGCUAAUUAUGAGCAAAUGGUAAAAGCUCAACAAAUUCCAAUGGGUCACGUUGAAACUAGAAUACCCGAUGAAGAAAAAUUUCAAAUGUUUCAGAAUAUUAUCGAUGAAUUGUUUUUUACAUUUUGUAAUAUUAAUGUUAACAAUUUUACUGAACUUUCUGCUUGCGUGUUCAGUUGGCUUGAAGAACACUGUAAACCUCAGACAUUACAAAAUUUAAUAGAAACUGUUCUUGAAAAGGAACCAAAAAGUCAUACACCUACCUCAUCCGACAAAACUUCACCAUAA